AUGAAGCUCUUAACUAUUCUUACCCUUACAUUCACGAUUGUUUUUGUUUUAUUUCAAAUUUCCAAUGCUUACAAUCCUUAUAAAUAUGGACAAAUUGGCUGGAUGAUGAUGCAUGGCGGAGGAAAUUACGGAUAUGGAGGUUAUGGAGGAUGGGGUGGCGGUUGUUGUGGUGGAUAUGGGUACGGAUAUGGAUAUGGUGGAUAUGGAUGGGGAAAACGUUAAAAUAGAUAUUUUCACAGAAACAGAUUAAUAAUUGAUAAAAUUUUAUUAUAGUAGAAAUAAAUUUGUAGCAUAAAAGUGAAUCUAUAAAUAUGAAGCACC